CUUGCGCGGACUUCUGUUUUGCGGGGCUGCCAUGUGACUGUGUCCACACUAUUUAAGCUGAGUUUCACCGGCUCCCGCGGAUGGACCAGCCGUGUGUCACCCCUCCGUGUUGAUCACUGGUGUCCUGCGCCUCAUGUUGUUGACAGCAUUUGAUGAUGUCAUUAUUUCUUUCAGAUGGAUCUGCGCUCCGCCGCUGCGUCGUCGCAUAUCUCCAAGUGAGACUCGCUCUGGAACCCAAAAGUCCCCUUGCCUCGUAAACUUGGACCGCUGCCUCUGUCCGUGUGGAGGAGAAUCCAGGCUGGUGUCCACAGCUCUGCAAACCACUGUCACCGCUGCUGGCCAGGAUUCUGACGCUGUGGUGGUGGAUGGUGGGGUGACACCGCAAAUUGACUUUUACGGCUCAAAAAACCCACCAAACUAUCACCAGAUCAACUUUUCCUCUGCGGAUGGAGAUUGCUUUGCCGGGUCUAUAUGAGAACAUGCGCCAGGAAUGACAGGAGCACACGCACUUAGUUAAUAUUUAUUUAUUUUGAAUCAAUAUCUUCACCUGGACUGAUCUGGAUCUCUUGGGAUGACGCGCGACUGAGCACGAUGCUCAGCUUUCUCACCUUUAACAUCUGGUGACGCACAUUUGGAGCGAAGUGGGAUUGUGAGCUAUGUGGAGUCAUUCCUGAAGACUGCGCUCCGCGGGUCUAUGGAGAACAGCAGCCCGAGGAUGGCGGGCGGAACCCGGGAGGCGCCGGUCAACUCCUCUCCCGCGGUGGCGUCCAACGCGGAGGGCGAGGAGAUCGAGGUUUUGGAGAGCACCGAAGUCUUCCCAGUGGCCCCAGAGGAGCAAUGGAAAUCUUUGUUUGACAAGUAUGACCCAGAGAACUCGGGCUUCAUCAGUACGGAGCGAUUCAGGGACCUGCUGGCCACCCACGGCUCUGAGCUCGACCCACACAAACUGGAAGUCCUUUUGGCCCUCGCUGACGGCAAUGCUGAUGGCAAGAUCUGCUACCAGGACUUUGUCAACCUGAUGAGUAACAAGCGCUCCAAUAGUUUCCGGAGGGCAAUUCUCCAGGGGAGCCGGCAGCUAAAAGGCUGCAAUCUCAGAGAUGAGGUGGGAUUGGGACUGUCCCAGAGGCUGGUCCGUCACAUCGCCUAUGAGACACUACCCCGCGAGGUUGACCGCAAGUGGUACUUUGACAGCUACACCUGCUGCCCUCCACCUUGGCUCAUCCUGGCUAUCACAAUUGCUGAGGUAGCCGUGUUCAUGUACUACGGCUUCCAGCUGGACCGACUGGUCCUGCAGGUGUCCAGUCCAUCUUUCUUAAAGAGCCCCCUGCCCUACCAUCCUCAGCUACGAGCACAGGCCUGGAGGUACCUCAGCUACAUCUUCAUGCACACUGGGAUUGAACACCUGAGUCUGAACAUGGCCAUGCAGCUGUUGGUGGGAGUCCCUCUGGAGAUGGUCCACGGAGCCCUGAGGAUUGGACUGGUGUAUGUGUGUGGUGUGCUGGCAGGGUCUCUGGCGGUGUCUGUCACUGAUAUGACAGCACCAGUGGUUGGGUCGUCUGGGGGAGUGUACGCCCUUGUUUCAGCACACUUGGCUAAUGUUGUAAUGAACUGGUCGGGGAUGAAGUGUCAGUUUAAGUUAUUCCGGAUGGCUAUGGCUCUGGUCUGCAUGAGUGUUGAGUUUGGUCGGGCUGUUUGGCUGCGGUUCUACCCUCCAGCCUUCCCUCCAUGUCCCAACCCCAGCUUUGUGGCUCAUCUAGGCGGUGUGGUAGUCGGUCUGACUCUUGGGGUGGUGGUACUCCAGAACUACGAACAGCGCCUACAGGAGCAGUCGCUCUUCUGGAUCUUUUUCUGUGUCUACACCUUGUUUGUGCUCUGUGCUGUCUUCUGGAACAUUUUUGCCUACAGCUUGCUCGACGUGCGACUUCCCCCACCACCGUGACUUGCUUUUUAGAAGCAGAAAAGUAAUCACAACCCCUUUGUGUCUCUUACCACCCUACCAGUUCAUUCCCAGGACACCAGACUGGACGUGUUACUUCAUCCCUCAUUUUCCGAGGUGAUCUGAGACACCUACAUCCAAGUCUUUUUUAAAGGGAUACUCAACAGACAGCAGGAUACUGUUACUGCUUUUACCCACUUGUUACGUGGUUGGGUUAAGCCUUACUACACUCGCUUAGCCACAUAAACUUGUUUUGCGGUCAGAUGUUUGUUGUAAGUGUCUCAACUUCUGUUGACAGCAUUGUUUUGACAAAUAAGAAGCCUCGGAUCUAACACAACAGGAAUAAGCAGAAACAUUCCUGUCCACUCAUCGUCUCUGCCUCUUCCUUCCCAACCCAAAGGUGCCUACUUACAGAGAUGAAAGUAUUUUAGCACAGUUGCCUCUUGUGUAGGGUGACAGCAGCAAAACCCUGCAAUAUAACAGUUUAGGCUCAGUAGGUAUUUGUUAGCACUUCAAGCCGCUUAUGAUCAGCAUUUGUUCAAAUUACAGCAGGAAACCUCUGUGGCAUCAACUCCAGGAAGUUUAGAAUAUGUAUAUGCUGCAUUAAGACUCACACUCUAUGUGUAAAUGUACUUCUGAAUGGAGAUGCAGUUUACUAUUCAGAUUUGCUUUCAGCAUUUGCCAUUGACUGUACCCAGAAAAGGAUUAAUUUGCAUCCAACACUAUUUGAACCUCAGACUUGCUUCUUUGACUUUGUGUCUGUGUGUUUGUGUAUGUGUGUGUGUGCGCGCGCGCGAAAGGAGUGCAGCAAUUGUACCAUUGUGUGUACAGAUAAAAAGAAGCAGAAGUGCCAUUCAGACUUUAAGCUUUCAAAAAUGAUGCCAAAACAUUGUCACAAGCACUAAGGGAAAAGUAAAUCCCUCUGACAAAUGUAUUGCUUUUUGUCUAUAACUUGUCGGUGGAAUGUAAUACAUUUAUUUAUGAUCUUCAAAUAAUCUCUCACUGACAUCUUGGGACAGUUCGGUGGUGCAAAUUCUUGUGAUCUAAUAGUCCCCUCUGGGCAUCUGAAGUGAUUUUUGCAGUGGUUGAAAACUGCAAAAAAAAUACACAGGGUGAGGUGGUAAUUCAAGGAACUGAAGACUAAACUAAUGAAAAUAUUCAACAACUGACAGCUAGGCCAUUUUGAAUAAAUGUUGUCUUUUUUCAUUUCCAAACAUAGAAGAGCACACAUGCCUGACCUCAACUACAUCUGGCUGGGGUCAUUUCAUUCUGAGUUCAGGAGGCAGUGGGGGGGAAAGUAAAUCAAUGUUUUCUCACUAGUUUCUGACACAAAUUGUUAAUUGAUUGAACUGAGAUGGAAAAUGACCCCAGCUCUAAGCUGUAAAUCUUAAACUGUACUGUACUUUAACCUCAUGUUACACU